AUGAUAACUAAUCCAAUGAAUCGAAUGCGUCAAAUUGUAAGUAAGAAAAAGCGACGUUAUCAACAAGAUGGAUUCGAUCUUGACUUAACUUAUAUUCGUCCAAAUGUUAUUGCAAUGGGAUAUCCAGCCGAUAGUUAUGAAGGUGUCUAUAGGAACAAUAUUGUUGAUGUCAGUCGAUUCUUAUCAUCAAAACAUGGAGAUAAAUUUUAUAUUUAUAAUUUAUGUGUGGAGAGUGAACGACAAUAUGAUUAUUCACGUUUUAAUAAUCAUGUUUGUUCAGAGUUCAGUUUUGAAGAUCACAAUCCACCUACAAUAAAAAUGAUUUUGGGUUUUUGCCAACAUGCUGAGACACAAUUAACAGAAAUGGCUGAUAGAACACUUGUUAUACAUUGUAAAGCUGGCAAAGGCCGAACGGGCGUUAUGUCUUGCUGUUUUCUAUUGUACUAUUACCGACAAGAACAUAAUCAUCCAUUGCAAACAUUAAAAUUUUAUGCCCAACAACGAACGUCGAAUGAAAAAGGCGUUACCAUACCUAGUCAACGUCGUUAUGUCGAAUAUUUCGGUCAUUUAUUAAAUAAUCGAGUAAUAUACAUACCUAAACAAAUACUCUUUACCGGUUUAUUAAUAACGUACGAACAGAAUCAAAUCCUUACCUCAAGUCUUUCUUAUACAGUAAAAUCAGCUGAUCAUCGUAUUCAGUAUCAAUCAUUUGAAAUUCCUCUCGAACGUGAUUCAACCAUACGACGAGAUCUACCACCAAAUUAUUCAGUAUUACAUGCAACACAUAAACAUUUUAUUCCACUGCCAAAUCAACAAUGUCGUAUACCACUUGAAGAAGAUGUUUUAAUUGAAAUAUUUGUAACGAAAACCAAACGAGGAAAAUCAGUAAAGGAGAAAUUAUGUCAUUUUUGGUUUAAUACUUUUUUCCUUGUUGAACCAAAAAUGCAAGCAAUACUAAGUGAUGUCAAUGAAAGACAAGCCGAAAGUAAAUUAGGUACACUUAGUUCAUGUUUGAUAUCCGAAUGUGGACAUAAACAUUUAUAUACAAUGACAAAAACAGAUAUUGAUGGUUUACAUAAAGACAAACCUCAUCGUUUAUCACCAUCAUCAUUUACAGUAUCUGUUCUAUUCGAUUAUAUUCCAACACCAUCUUUAAUAAUACAAACAACAGAUCAAUCAUGUAGAUUACCGGACAAAAGAUUACCAGUAAAUUUAAAAUUAAUCGAACCAAGUAAUGAUUCAACACUUAUAAUUGGUUCGCCGGAUAAAUUAAUUAAUAGCGAUCAACUACAACAAAAUAAUGAAACAAAUGAUAAACUAAAUAGCGCUAAAGCUAAUUCUAAUUUUGACAACAAUAAUAGAAGUCGUCGAACAGAUAGAUCAAUAUCAUCAAAUCGACGUGCAUUUGCAUUAUAUCCAAAUUGUUUGUCCGAUUGGGAUAGUACAGAUUCGGAAUCAGGUACAAAUGAAUUAAAUCCUAAUGAUGAACUUGAAACAUGUCAGACUCGUUGUUAA